GCAUAACGUGCUCCAACUACACAUGGCGUGCCUUCAGUUUGUUCCUUCUAGUUUCGUGGAGAGGUUUAACUUUUAACAGUUAAAUUCACACCCAUUAAAAAUUGUUUUGUUAUAGUAAUUAGCGGAAGCCAAAUGGAGGAGAACACAGAAAGCUCGGAAGGACCUCGAGUGACGCGGGCUCGCACGCGCCGUAUGUCCUUGCUGGACACGGACAGCCGUCCCGGGACACCCCAGUUGGACACUGCGGGCGAUAGGGGAACUGCCUCGCCGCGUCCCACUCGCCGAACUCGGUUGAACUCGGCCACUAUGGAAAUGCGUACUCCGACUCGCUCCACCCGGGCUUCGGUAGCCCGCGGGGAGACCCCAGAGCCCUCUACUCCCUCGUCCGUCAAGAGGACCGCUCGUACUCCGGCCAAGGCCACCCGGUCCGUUAUGAAGCAGCUGCCCCUCAAAGAGGAAACAGCGGAGGAGAUGGAUGUUAAGCAGGAGGAGCCCUCGGAGCGCACAGGCACUCCCGUCGGCGAGAGACGGGUGACUCGCUCCAUGUCGCAGACUCCCCCAUCUGUCAAUCGCUCCAAGAGCAACACGCCUACGUCGCAACCACCUAGCAAGGUAUCCUCUGAAGAAACACCUGUGAAGGAGGAGAAGCACAUGGUGGAGACUAAGGAGAAGAACUUAAAUGCACAGUUCACAAACAAGUUGGCUGUCCGACUGGAGAAGACUCCCUUGAGAAGGACAGCUGCAAACACACCCCUCAAAGACUCCUCCGAGUCUUCCAAGAAGACUGAGUCACCAGCAGUGAAAGUUGAGAGCACUUUGCCUGUGGAAAAAAUAAAAGCAUUGAACGAAUCUUCCCUUUCCUCCAAGAAACUUGCUCCCGAUGAGUCCCUGGAAGAAACAUAUAUUCCUGAAACACAAGAACAACCCCAGGAAGUGGAUGGGCAGCCUGUGAGCCCGGAGCUGCAGACCUCUGUUGCAGAGAAACCUAAAGAACUGCCAGGAUCUCAACUGAAUGGGCAACCGACUCCCCCAAUUCCCCAAUUAAAGGCCAAAACUCCAAGUAAAAAUGAACAUUCCGAGGAGCUUGUCAAGCAAACUGAAACUUUAAAAAAAGACAUUAAAGAAACUCCCCAAGAAGAACAUUCCGAGGCACCGUCGGAGAGUACUAAUAGCAAAGAAGCCACACCACACAAAAAUUUAUCAUCGGUCGAGUUGUUUUUGGACGCCGAGGACUUGCCAGAGGAGAAGGACGAUCUGAAAUCUACUCCUAAAGCACAAAAUGGGGCUGGUCCGGCUGCGGCAACAGAGUUUGUUUUUGGGGUUUCUCGUGAAAAUUUGGAUUCACCGGAGCCAAUGGACGUGGAUGAGCCCUCUGAUGAUGACGGAGAAGAUGUGGUUCAGGUGGUGGCGACUGUCCAAGGCUCUCCAAAGUGGGAGCAGAAGAAAUCGGUGGGCUUCAAGGGUGACAACGUGGACUCCCAGGAUGAAAAGAUACGAUUCCCAAAGACUCCGGGUCGUGACAAAGUCCCAAUUAACCGGACAAGCGCCUUCAAACCGGAGACCCCCAUCCGGACACCCAAGCCUGCCGCCCUCAGCAAGGGCCGAAGCAGCUCAACGCCUAUAGCUAAAGACCAAGUGCCCAGCGAAGCGGAGUUCAACCCGGCUCCUCCUGAAAUCGAUGUUAUCAAGCCCUUCAAUCAGCUGGCAUCUGAAAAGAAAGAAGAACUCGCCACGUCACCUCCCAAGCCCCUGAAGUCUCCCAAAACUGUGAAGCUGUUUAGUGAGGAGGAAGACGAGGAGGAGCACGAUUCGGAGAAUAAGUGUGAAUUCGUGGACAAUGAGGCGGAGGAGGCUCCGCAGAACUAUGAGUCUGGUGACUCCAUGGACAGUUCGGAGCGACGCGAGAUCGAGGAGAACGAGAUUCCCUCCCACGGCGAGUCUGUGGGCAGUCAGGACACCGAAGAAGAGUCCAACGGGGAGGAGGAGGAAGACGACGACUCCUUUGUGGUCUCCGAUAACGAUGAGGAGGACUUGGGCGCCCUCUGCUUCUCCAACGAUGAGGAAGAAGAGAGUGAUGAGGUUGAGAAGAAGCGCACACCAAAGGCCGGAAAGAAGCGCAACCGCAUCGUAGUGCCAGACUCCAGUGAAGACUCCAUCGAGAUGAUAUCCGAGACGAAGCAUGAUAAGAGCAACUGCUUGAACUCCAGUCGUCUGAGCGACGCCGCCCAGAAGAUGAACAACAGCGGCAAGAACUCCACCACCGAGGCCUCGGAGACCGAGCUGGAAAACUCGAGGAGAAUGGUGCUCAAUGAGCUGAACAAAUCGGAGCGAUUGAAUAAGACAGUACCACGCUUGGACGUGACGGAAAUCGGGGACGAUUCCUCCACGGAUUCAGAGGAGAAGCCGGUGUCCAAGAAGGCCUCCUUCAAAGGCAGCGCCAGCGUUUACGAAAUCAUGGACUCCGACGAGUUUGAGGAACCCGAAGCGCAUAAAGAGGAGGAGCCUUCCCAAAAGAAACUGGAAAUCUCCAAGUCCAACAAAGUCUAUGAGGUGGAAGAGUCGGAUGAGGGCGAUGAACAAGCAGCCGACGGUGAUGGGCUCUCCAAGGAUGAGCCUUCCAAAAAGGAACUGGAAACCUCAAAGUCCAACAAAGUCUAUGAGGUCGAAGAGUCGGAUGAGGGCGAUAAGCCUGCGGCCGGCGUUGAUGGGCUCUCCAAGAAGACGUCUGCCAGAUCCUCCGAUGAAGAGGCCGCCCUUCUCGACACGCUGGCCUCCAGUGAUCUGCGCCACCUGGCCACCAUGUUCAACCCGCUCCAGAAGUCCCGUCGCCAGUCCCUUUACACGGCCAGUCCGGAGCUCAAUGCCAAGGAGCCCAAACUUAAGCGACGCAGUGAUCGAGGCUUGGGCAACGACAGUUUCUGCCCCUCGACGUCCUUCGUGGAGAUGGUAGCCGAGCGCCAGCGCCUGAAGCGAAAGCAUCUCUCUAAGAGUUUCUCGGGCGCCCCUGAGGACCUGGAGGAGCUGGAACUAUGCCACGAUCGCAAGCGGUUGAAGAGCUCGCCUCCGGACUCCGCAGAGACCGCAGAGAAAAAUACAGAGGAUGCUGGAGAUUUGGAAAAAGUUACUUCCGAACUAGAGAAAGCAUCCACAUCUUCCGAGGCGAGCCUCGAUGAUAACUCAGAGCUUUCGGAAGGGGAGAUACCGAGAAGGUCCCUCAACGCAUCCAGGAAUGUGUCGCUGAAGGAAGAUGCUGUUGAAGAGCCUCCCACCGAAGUAAUCUCGCAGGAAAAGGAAGAGUCGGAGGAGCCCCUGAAGGAAGACUCGAAGGUAUCUGAAGAGCAGCCGUCCACGUCCCGCGAAGCCUUGAAACCAAAGACCAAGCAACCGGAGUCGCUGUUCAAAACCAAGACCGUUGACGAGUAUAUGGAGUACUGCAAAAUUUUCCAGGCCGGCAACGAGGCAGUCAUGAACCAGAAGAAACAGCGAAUUGCUGCCGGCGGCAGAAAGCCCAAGAAUGUUAAGCGAUCCUCGAUGUCGGGCGCCAAGCCUGGAAACGAUGCUCCCGAAGCCGUGGAGAUGGGGACCGUAGCUAGUGAUAAUCGGGACACCGAGGAGUUGCCCAAGAACAGCACCAACACGGCCAUCAUAUCGGCCAAAAAGGAAGCAAAGCCGACAACCGGUGCCAAAAAGGACAUAAAGCGCUUGCAGGCAACCCGCCAGGCCGUGGGUCAUGCCGUGAACCUCUUGACGGGAUCGGCGGCCGCCAAAGAGCCACGCUCUCUGGCCAACAAGUUGGGGGCCAAGUCGCAGAUGGAUGCCAAAAAAUGCGGCAAAAAGCAAAAGCAGGCCAAGCUGAACAGCUCCGAUGAGGAGAACCACAACCGGAAGGUGACUCGCUUCCGAAACAACGCCGGCUACAUCACAGUUUUGAAGGGAACUCCGGUCAAAAACAGCAUCGAGCUAAUCAGGACCAAGUCUGGCAUUAUGCGCGUGGAGCCGAGCACUCCGAAGCAGAAGAAACCGAGGAACCUGCUGAGCGGAUUCCGCGAGGAGCCUUCCAAGGACAAGAAACCAGGCCAAAAGCAAGCACCGAAACCGGGGGAGGACAGGUGCAACUCCGCGAGGGAGUCGGCGCUACGGUUCAAGGAGAGGGUCCUUGCCCGCAAGUUCUAGAGCCCCUGGAUUUAGAAGGCACUUAUAGUAUUCGUCGGAAGAGUCAGUCAGGCACACACCAAUCCUUGCAUGGUUAAUUUUUUGUUUAUAGUUGUCUGUUAAAUUUCCAUUUUCCCCUUUAGUUCCAUGGCAUUUAUUUGGAUAUCCAAAAUUAUCAACAGGGUUGAAUUAUUUUUGUUUGUAUUGCGUUUAUUCGAAACAUAUUUUUUUUUGGAAAUUUAGUUUUUUUCUUUGCCAUUUUUGCCGUUGACAAUUUUGACAUUUUCCAUUCAUACUACUUACUCAUCCAACUUAGAAAUUAUUACGUAUAUAAAUAAAAUGUUUGUUAAACCAAAA